ACUUCUACUUAACUACUUCCUUCUGCUGGCAGCCUGGAACAUCAACAAAGAAAUAAAACCAAGACCAAACAAAAUGACAGAUGUCAAAGACACCCGCAAGCCAGACCAAGUCUUUACAUCAGCGGAUCGAAUCCGGCAAUUGAAUGAAAUAGACAAGGAUGUGGCCAAGCUAAUUCAUUCCGCGGGUCUCGCAAUCCAAGCCCUGACCAACGCUCGGUCGGGCGAGUCACCUUCGGACAAUUCUCUCGCAUCCCACCAAGCCCGCUUCAAGGAGGCCACUUCGCAAUACUUCGCCCUCCUUUCGUCCAUUGAUGUUCGACUCCGUCGUCAGGUGUAUGCUCUGGAAGAGGCGUCUAUUCUUGCGCCGGACACAGCGUCGAGAGCGGAGAAUCUACCUGGUGCGAGCAGUGGUGGAGUAGCGGGCGCAUCAUCGAACCCGCUCGAUGUUAGUUGGCUUAACAGUCGGAAGGAUACGGUGGGUAAGGAUAAGGAGGCAGAGCUGUGGGCUGCUGCGAGGGAGUUCGUGGAGCGGAUUAGCAAACCGGCGUCUGUGAGCUCGGGAGCGAAGACAGAGGGCGAGCAGGAGAAAAUGGAGGUUGAUUAGACGCCAUUGAUGUUGGGAUGAUUUACGAAAUUUUGAUAAGGCUUGGUCCUUGUAUUGGCGAAUUAUGGUGAUUGCUCUACUAUCUGGAGUUCUGUACCAUAUCUUGCCAUGUGGUUGCAGGUGGAGCUAAGCGGACAGCCUGUCUAUGAUACCCAAAUUUAUUGAAUGUAUUGGCAAUUGAUUUUGCAUUAUGCAAUGAAGAGUUGCUCGCGGGAAUGGCUGGCCAGGCCAUCACAGAAAAUGGUGCUUACAACGCACAAUCAC